UCAACAUCAUCGGUUGGCUGAGUGUCGCGGCAUUCGGUUUGACGUACAAUUUAGACGAUAGUGCUUUAGUCGAAUACCCAGUGGCAGUUACGGACUUUAACGGCUCGGCGUGGAUGAUCGAACGGCUACCGGAAAUCCAAGGCGUCACGGACAUUCAGUAUGAGGCCCAAGAAAAUAUAAUUGAACUCGGUGAACAGGCGGUUGUUGGACUUGCAUUAAUGCCUUCCCGGUUCCACGAGUGGGAUGGAUUCCACUGGAAUCCAUCUCAAUACAACGUGACAAGCAUCGAUGGGAGAGGUGUAGAUCGGACUGUUGAGGCUGACAGGGUUACAUACUCUUACUCCCUCAGAGAAUAUCGUGGGACAGACGUGUAUCCGUCGGCAGAAAGGGUCGUGCACAGCUCAUCGCGUUGCAUUGGACGACGGUACUAUAACGGAACCUUUUACGCCAACGGGCAAGCCGUUGCAAGUCCAGACCAUAAUGAGUCUGCUAAUAUCAACAACGAGCCUGAGUUCGCGCGUGUUUGGCUCGCUCUCUUGCCUCGUCCAGAUCACGGAGCAAACUUCUAUUGGGCGGUGCCAUAUAGGGGUGCCUCAAAAACCGAUAACUACGAAGAUCCCUCCGCUUGCGCUACGACAUAUAUCACUGGCGGCGAAGGGUGGUUAUAUGAUGAGUCCUCUGCUAAGCGCUAUUUCUACACCAUUUACGAGUGCUUAACCUGCCUUACCGAGAAAAACCACAAACCAGGAUUUAGAUCCAACUUCUUUCACGGCUGCCCUACAGAGAACGCCUUGUACGCUGCUGGCAUAGCCCUGCGCAUUGGGGGUGGUUUUGGUGUGUUAGGUUCCAUUAUGGACUCGAUGGUAUCCAUCACUACUGAGGGCACCGGCCGUGACGACCGUAUCGCUUUCCGUCGGUACCCCAUUGACGCAGAUUCCCACGAAUUCGUUGACGAGGUUCCCGAAGGCUACCCGGAUAUUGCAUUCGAGUCUCCGCCCAACGACUGGUUCAAGUACCCCAUCCAUCCAAACGAUGAACUUCAUGUUGCCGAUUCCACGGCGCGCGUUCCCAUCCUCGCCUUCCUCGGGGCCGAGGAACGGCUCGCCAGGGUAACGCUGGAAAAGGAUGCAUUCGAGCGAACCUUUAGCAUGACAAAGCUCGAGGUAAAGUGGGAUCGGGCGAUCAGUACGCUUGCAGCGCUGCUUGCUGGACAGGUGCUAGUGAUCGGCGUGGUCUUUUGGGCCUGCAGAGGGGUCCCCAUACGAGACCACGACAGCUAUCUUUCGGUGGCAAGACUCCUGAGGACAGCUAUGGAUUCCGUUGAGGGUGGCAGCAGCGACAGUGGCCGGGAGCUUGCCCAGCGCAUCCAAGAUGAGCUGACCCGGCGUGCUCAAAAUGAGGAUGCAGAAGUGUCGAAACUUGAGAUAAGGUAUGGGCUGAGAACGAGACCAAACGAAGAUGGUGGCGAGUUGGCCGAGGUGGAUAUUUGGAGCGAUGUCAAGGGCUUUGACCGGCAACUACCAUACGAUUAAGGUGGCAGCCCAGGUCUACACAUGUAAUUGGACUGGAAACUCAGGACGCCGUCAAUCCCUACAAUGAGCAAACGAAAGGUAACUAAAGGCUAGUAGAGCCACGAGGAAUCCGGAGUUACUUUCAUCUUUAAGGUCUACCAGCUUCUUGCUUCCCAAGUGCUACUUUUCCGUUCACUCCGGGCACUCCCAUCUCGUUUACCUAG